GCAUCAUUGUCCUGUAUUUACUAUUGUUGUUACUGGAGUUAUUUUCCUAGUCUGGUGGAUUCUGGAGUCUGCUGAAUUCCUAGACUGUCCUAGUCUGAGUUUUGUUCAUAAAUUGGACAAGUUUUGUCUGAGGAAUCCCUUAUUCCCACACUUGCUGGGGCCCUGAAGUAUUUGCCAAUUCUGGACAUCUAUUGAGAUUGAUGAAUGAUUGUGAUUGCAUUUCCUAACCACUUCUUGUCACAACUAUAAAGAAUUAUAAAGGAAAAUGUCUUCCGGAGAGGUGCCGGAGGUGUCGGGGGUACAGGAGGAGAAGCCUGAGGUGCAGGAGGGAACCGGGGGGCAGCAGGUAGAGCAGGAGCAGUCGAAGGAGAUGCAGCAGGAGAUGGAUAAGACGCAGUUGAGGGAUCAAGAUCAGAUCGAAGGAACUUCCUCAAUUGGCAUAUCUAUUUUUAAUCUAGCCAACUCCAUUUUGGGCAGUGGAAUUUUAGGACUUUCCUAUGCUCUAGCAAACACAGGAAUUCUAUUCUUUUUGUUCCUUUUUAUUAUAGUAUCAUUGCUGACUAGUUAUUCAAUCCAUCUUAUGUUGGUAUGUUCAGAGGCAACAGGAUGUUUGAAUUAUGAAAAAAUAGGUGAGAGAACCUUUGGCUUCAAAGGAAAGUAUACGGUAUUUGGAACCACCUUUCUCCAGACCUUGGGAGGCAUUCUAACUUACCUUUUUAUAAUAAAAAAUGAACUACCCUGGGUAAUGAAAGUUCUUAUGGGAAAGGAAGAAACAUUUACAGCAUGGUAUGUGGAUGAUCGGAUCCUUGUUAUAUUAGUUACUACUAUUAUUGUUUUUCCUCUCUGUCUCAUGAAGCAUUUAGGGUUCCUUGGAUAUUCCAGUGGACUUUCCUUGUCAUGUAUGGUUUUCUUUCUCUUUGUGAUUAUCUAUGAGAAAUUUAGAAUCCCGUGUCCCGGGUCAGGAUUUAAUUCAUCAACUAUUCCUGAAGAAGAACUUCAGAAAAUGUGUAAACCAAGAUACAUUUUAUUUAAUUUUAAGACAGUUUAUGCUUUACCCACCAUUGCAUUUGCAUAUGUCUGCCAUCAAGCAGUCCUGCCAGUUUACAGUAAUCUUAGAAACCGUUCAUUGAAAAGAAUGGAGAUUGUUUCCAAUGUCUCCAUUUUCUCCAUAUGUAUUAUGUAUCUCUUCACUGCGUUUUUUGGCUACUUUACGUUCUAUGGUGAGGUACAUUCAAGUUUACUUCAUACAUACACAGAUAAAAGUCUUCUUAUCCUAAUAGUACGAUUGUCAGUGAUGAUGGCAGUUACCCUCACAAUUCCGGUAUUAUUUCUCACAGCUCGCGAUUCUCUGGCUGAGCUACUUAAGAAACCAGUCUUCAAUUUAAUUGAACGUAUUGUGAUUGCUGUUAUAAUCUUGGGUUUUGUUGACACUUUAGUAAUCUUUGUACCCACCAUGAAAGACCUUUUUGGAGUUCUGGGAACAACCACUUCCAAUAUGUUGAUCUUCAUUCUUCCUACAACUAUGUUUUUAAAAAUCACAAAGGAUGAUCCUGAGAAAGAAAAUCAAAGAUUUGGGGUUUCUCUUCUCUUGGGAUUAGGAAUCCUGUUCUCUCUCAUCAGCAUUCCUCUGGUCAUCUAUGAUUGGAUAGCUUCUACAUCUACACCUGAAGGAAAUUGAAGCAGUCUAGAUUUGGGAAAUUAACAUAUUCUUGUUUGCUGUUUAUUCAACUUACCUUCAAUCAAAUUCUCUCCUCCAUUGCUAUGUUUACUAGUUUACAUUGUAAAAAAAAAAUUGUAAACAGCUGAGAUUGUAUAACCAGACACCCAUUUGAAAUACAGUUAUAUCUCUCUGUUUGGGAUCAUUUUAA